AUGCGACAACCUGCUCCACCGUCGUGGUCGUCCAUACCUAAGAAGUUCGAGCUUGCUAUCAUAUGUUCAGUCCGGAUAGUCGACUUCUUCCAGCAAGCUGCUUUACAGGCAUUCAUGUUCUACCAAUUGGCCUCAUAUUCACCCGAUACCUCCGAAAGCGAGAUAUCCUUCCAAGUGGGAGUUUUGCAGGGUGUUUUCACUGCAGCACAGAUUGUCACAAGUGUGAUCUGGGGACGUGCCGCAGACUCUCCGACAUGGGGUAGAAAGAGAGUGAUACUGGCAAGUCUUAUUGGGCAAGCAGUCAGUUGCAUAGGCGUCGCUUUCUCGACAAGCUUUGCAACCGCUGUGAUCUGGCGAACACUUGGUGGUGCUGUUAAUGCGACGGUUGGCGGAGCUCGAACGGCUCUCUUUGAGAAGACGGAAAAGAAGUAUCACUCAAGAACAUCUCUUCUGCUGCCUCUGGCUUGGAACAUUGCAAAUAUCUUUGGACCACCAGUCGGCGGUUUGUUGUCAGAUCCUGUACGCUAUUAUCCAGCACUCUUCGGCGACAAUUCUCUUUUUGGUGGUGCCAAUGGUGUGACAUGGAUGAAGACGUAUCCAUAUGCACUACCCAACCUGUUCUGUGCCCUCGUUCUGUUUGCAGAUGCUGUUCUCGUCUUUCUUUUCCUGGAAGAAACAUUGAAAGCCAGACAAGGCAGACGAGACAGGGGUCUUGAACUGGCAGCUGGGUUGCAGCAAUUCUUCGUUCACUACGUACUGAGAAGAUCCGGUUAUCAAAGCCUGAAUGAUCACGAUCCAAGACAGGGGACAUCCUUGAUAGAUGAUGGAGGAUCGGCUAGCAGUACCUCGAUGGUGGGUGUACCAAAGGAGCGAUCCACGACACCUCCCGGACGUGAAGCAACCAAUUCAUCAACACUUCCACGGGUCUUGACGAAGAAUAUCAUCCUGACUCUGACUACAGUUGCAUUCUUAGAUUUUCAGUUAGGUGGCUUCACAGCUUUGUGGAGUAUGUUCCUGUCAAGCGAGAAGCGUGAUCCAGUCUCUGGCCCCAAGCCUCAUCUACCCUUUAAAUUCACCGGAGGUCUAGGUUUUUCGCCUUCUGUCGUUGGCCUUGCCAUGUCAAUACUCGGCUUUGUCGGCAUCAUCUGCCAAUUUGUGCUCUAUCCACGAGUCAAUGCUCGGUUCGGCUUACUGCGAUCCACGAUAUAUUCUCUGUUCUUCUUCCCUAUAGCAUACGUUCUAGCACCCUAUCUAUCCUUGCUCGCUUCGAACUCAGACAACCAGGUUGUUCUAUGGUCUGGAAUUACGCUUGUUGCGCUCAUAUUGAUUGGUGCUCGCACAUUCGCUAUACCAGGAGUGGUAUUACUCACUAACAAUGCUUCACCUUCACCGGAAGUGCUUGGGACUGUGCAUGGACUGGGCGCAGCAGACAUUUGGCCCUAUGGUCGCCGGGAAGUGGUACAGCAAUGGUUUGGAGAGAGACACUGUGGGAGAGCCGUGGUGGUUACUGGCGUUUAG